AUGAAGGUCAUAGUCACGGGUGCAUCUGGGGUACUCGGGACAGCCGUCUACGACGCGUUCAAGUCUGCAGGUCAUGAGACGCUUGGGCUCGCGUUCAGUCGACCUGCGGGCGACUUGAAGAAGGUUGAUCUAUUGAAUCAAGGCGAGACGGAGGAGGUAUUCCUUUCGUACAAGCCAGACUGGGUUAUCCAUUGUGCUGCCGAAAGGAAACCAGACGUCGCCGAGAAGGAUCCGGAGGGUACGAAGAAGUUGAACAUCGCUGUGCCCGAGCACCUUGCAAAGCUCUCGAAGAAGUUAGGCUUCACCCUCGUCUACAUCUCUACUGACUAUGUAUUCGACGGAACCUCGCCACCUUAUGUACCCUCUGCCCACACGAACCCCUUGAACCUCUACGGCCAGACGAAGCGCGAUGGCGAGAUAGCUGUUCUCGGAGUUGAAGGAGCGAAAGCAGUUGUACUUCGUGUUCCCGUUCUCUACGGUCCGGCGCCUUCGAAUGCCGACUCGGCCAUCAACAUCCUCCUUGAUGUCGUCCAGGACCAAUCCGGUAAGACCUACAAGAUGGACCACUACCAGACACGGUACCCCACCAACGUCAUCGACAUCGCCAAUUUCCUCGUACGCCUCGCGUCCAAGCCUUCUAUCCAACCUCCACCAAUCCUGCACUAUACUGCGCCUGAGCCAUUCACGAAGUACGAGAUCUGCUUGGUGUUUGCCAGGAUACUGGGGUUGUCGCAUAAGCACAUCAUCCCGCAAGCCGAUGAGCCAGCUCCGGGUUCGACGCCUCGGCCAAAGGACACGCAGCUGUACGUCCGCGAAACAGAGGAUCUCGGAGUCGAGGGCGGUCUGGGGACGACUGGAUUCGAGGAAUGGUGGGAGCAGAGGCUGAAGAAGUGA